GAUGACGUAUUUAUCAAGGCAAGCACGCGCCAGACGGCAGCUUGCUUCGCCGCCAAACUGUGGUUGUAAACGGACCAAAAGAAAGUGAAAGUGGAAGACUUGUCCCCAGAGCUUUUUGUUGCCUAUCACAAGGGUGCUGUUGCUCUUUUCUUGAAUGGCUCUCGUCGCGAGUGGACUGAAAACCUUCGGCAUUUCGCGGAUUUCAAGUUAGACGUCAGAAAGCUGUGACCAUUUGAUCAUUUUCUCCAAGGUCCAGUGGUUGACAAUUGCCAUGGUGCGUUUGUGGACUGGGAAAUCCCAGGAUGUAGUUUGACCGGAGAACCUGGAUUGUGCAUUUUUCACCAACAUAAAGUACACAAUGAAGAAGUGAUACCUUCACUGUGAUAACCACUCAGGUGCUGCCAGAACAUUAUGAUGGUGAACAGCAGGGUGGAGGGGCCCACUGUGGCCGUAGUGGGAGGGACAGCAGGUCGGUCGUGCGCAGGAUGUGGAGGUCGAAUAGUAGACCGCUUCCUCCUCUUCUCAAUGGAGCAGUACUGGCACACGCGCUGUCUCAAGUGCUCCUGCUGCCACGCUCAGCUGGGCGAGUACAGCAGCACCUGCUACAGCAAAGGAGGGAUGAUCCUCUGCAAGAACGACUACAUCAGACUUUUUGGACACAGCGGCGCUUGCAGUGCAUGUGGACAGGCUAUCCCUGCUAGCGAAAUGGUGAUGCGGGCACAAGGAAACGUUUACCACCUGAAGUGUUUCAUUUGUGCAACCUGUCGGAACCGCCUUGUCCCUGGUGAUCGCUUUCACUACAUCAACGGAACGAUCUUCUGUGAACAUGAUCGGCCGGGAGGUGGACUAGUCAGUGGACACCCAACUCAAAUGCAUGCCAAUGGCAUGAUGUCCGACCAGAAGGUAUGCUGAGAAACUAGAUGGAAAAACUUGAGUGGCUUCUACCUUCAACUCUUCUAUCGGCUUCCUUGUUCGCCUUCCUCCUCUUGUAAACCAGCUUGUCACUCUUUUCAUGAUGAGAGAAGGCUGAAUUGUUGCUUCAUUUGAGGGAGGAUGGUUGAACCACUCGACUACUGUCUCUAAUGAACUGUAGCAACAAUAGUGUUGUGAGGAUUAGCCAUGGCUGAAAGGAAGAGAAAAUACGUUGACAUUUCAUAGCAGUGACUUCAGCAAAAACCACGAUGCUCUUUGCCCACCCGUCCAAAAAGUGGAUAUUGAAUCUGGAGGUAUCACUGAACUCAACUCAUACAGAAUGCACAACAUUCGUGAGUUUUAUGGCAUUUUUUGUGUUUGUCUGUUAAACAGUAAAAAUCCACAACUCUGUGUUUUCUGUGUUGUUCCAGUAUUCAUCUUAAUUAAAGGGGAAAGUGGUGGCUUUUUUUAAUCGUGUUCAUACUACACACAGAAUUAGCUUCAAAGCUUUUUGUAUCUUAUUUUUGUAUAUUAUAUAUUGUAUGUACUGUAUGUAUACUCAAUUUAGCUUUUUAUCUGAAACAAAAUGUUGCCUUUUGAAGAAUUGGUAUUGACAUUGUGUUUUUGUGAUCUGAUGGUAUACUUUACAUGUAACUAGUAAUAACCUCUGUGAAUGGCUGGAAGCCAGUCGAGUGUGUACCUCAACUUUGGCCCAAAGUCAGCUGUCAGUCAACUUUUGGAUGAGUUAUCAAAGAAUUUGAUUAUGAAUUGUAAAGCUUGGUGUAUGCUUGGCGUAUGUACGUUCCGCGUGGAAAUGAGUUCGUCCAGCACCACUUUGGCACCCUAUCAUACUCUGCACGGCUUGUCACGGCGUGUAGUCGAUAUUCUCCCAUACAAUAGGAGGCAGUGAAGAUCGUCUACAUCACAUGAACAAUACUUCACCACAGUAAAAGUAAAAAAUUAUGUAAUUUUUUUAUUCAAUAAACUGUCAUUAACAGCAUUUAGGGAUGAACAGUCUCCAUAUUUUAACGUAAAUAAAUGAAACUAAAGAAUUGGGCAGUAGAACAUCGGUGUUUAAAACAGCUCUUUGUUGUCCGCCAUCCUUUCAGCGCAGGAGCUUCCGCGGGGUUUAGAAAUCUCGGCAUGAAGCAUCAAGCAUAUACCAAGCCAUUUAAUUGUGCAACAGCUGAUGAAUCCAAUACGCAACAUGAUCCACCUGGAAAGCUAAUAGCACUUCUCUUGACAUCGUAGCACCACAACACAUUGUCCAUUUGUAUAAUAAAAGAACUUUUUUUCCACUUUCA